ACGCCUUCCCCAGGCUGCUCUCCCCGGUCCCCCAGUACCCGCAGCUGGUUGUCAGUGCUCGCCAUGUCUCGGCCCGGGGAAGAGCUGUGUGGGACCUUGUCCUACCGAACGGAGCCCCGCAGGACCCCCCGGCUCAGCCUCUUCCACCUGAAGCUGACGGACUCCGCUCUCCGCUGUCUGCGGGACUUUCAGAGGGGACAAGUUUCCGGAGCCUCGUUCCCACCGCCUGUGAUCACCUUUCAAGGAAACCAAGGGAACAUCAAGAUUCCCUGUCCCAUAUCUGGCUCAGAUGACAGAGUCCGUGUCUUUGCCUUCUACCUUUCCAGAGAGAUUAAAGAUAAACCUCAGUCAAGUUUUGAGUGCAUUAGACAGAGUACUUCUUGGACCGGAGCGAAGCAGCUGAGCUGCAUUGGAACUAUACAGGAUAAGAUCACUGUGUGUGCCACUGAUGAGUCCUACCAGCUAACACGUGACCGCAUGUCUCAGGUAGAGAAGGAAACAUGGAGCAGGACUGCCAUUGAGAUCAAACCUGGAACAUCGCACAAAAAUAAAUAUGUGAAGAUUGCAAACAAGAGCAGCUUAGAGUCCAGUGCAGAUGGUUCUCCAUCCAGCCAUCGUCCACCGGUAUUCUUAACACCGGCAGCAAAAAAAUGUAACCGAGUUAAUGGUGAGCAGAGAUCACUUCAAGAAUGGCUUGUUCACCUUCUGGCCUUGAAACCGUACCGGAAACAUGACCUCAUUCUGCGGUUAGAAAAAUCCAACACUUUUCCUAGGGAUCAAACACAUCUACUCACUGCACUGGAUGAGGUAGGGUGCUUAAAUCCCAAAGAUGGCAAGUACAGCUUGAGGGAGGAACUUUACAGUCAGGUACAAAAGGAAUGGAUGGGGUAUACCCCAGAAGAAAGGCAGCACCUGGCAGGCAUUCUCUCUAGGAAACAUCUAAACAUUUCUUCAUCACAGAAUUACCAGAGAGCUGCUGAGAGAGAGAGAACACAACAAAGCCUGUCAUCUUCUCACUGUAAUUCCCGGGUUAGACCUCCUGAUUGUAAACGUCCGGCAGGUGCAGAAAGCACGGAACACGAGAACUGCAAAAGAAUAAAAUCCUCAUCGCUGGAUGGUCAUCUGCCCGAACGACACUGUAACUCCCUAUCUAAUGCAGACAACAACUCUAGGCACCCGACAAGUUCUGAGAGUGCCAAAAGCCGGUGCUCGGUGGCUGAUAAUAACCACAGUGCUUUCUCACUACAAAGUCACAGAAAACAGAAUACGCACCGAACAAUGCAGAGAAGCCAUCACAGAGAAACACACAGAAGGACAAAGCCUUGUGAUGGGUCAGACACUGAUAAUGUGAAGCUUACAGAGGCCACAAGCCCAAUUUCCCAGGUGCACAAUGGGUCUAACUGGCAUAAAGAGGAGAACAGAAACCAGGAAUCCGGUGAAGAAGAAGAGGAUGAUUGGGAGGAAGAAGCUAUCUUGCUGGAAAGAUGCCUCACUUCUCCAGAAGAAAAGGACCAACUUUCAGAGCCAGCGCUGACCUCUGAAGACGUUCCAGAUUAUUUCAAUAAAUACUCCACAAUUACAUGCGAAGAUCAGCGGAAAUUGUAUGAGGAGGAUUUUGCUGCUGAUUACACAGAGUAUUUGGAGCUUCAUGCUAAGAUUGGGAAAGUGCUGGAAAGAUUUAUGCAGCUGGGCUCCAGAAUGAAGAAGCUUCAGCAAGGAACAGUAGAACACAAGAUGGUUGAAAAUAAGAUUGUGACAGAAUAUAAGAAGUUCAAAAAGACGUAUCCCGGCUAUAGGGAAGAGAAGACGCGCUGUGAAUAUUUGCAUCACAAACUCUCUCACAUCAAGGAAUUGAUCUUGGAAUAUCAAAAAAAUGCACCUACUUAAGAGCUUCUUUUGAAGAGACAUUCAACCCAUGCGGCUAGAACCCUGACCAUCUAACCACCGUACUGGUCACCAAAAGAGGAGCCUAACAAGCUGUGAAAAAGUGCCAUCAAUCUACUGUACUGCCUUGAUCAUUGCAAAUGUAUCAGUUACUGCCUUAAAAAAAAAACAUGUGCAGUGUGUAAUUACUAGUUGGCCAGCGUAACCCAAGCUGCAUUGCUGUAGGAGAAAUGAGUGGAGGUUGGGAUUCAGAGACAUCUUCACAAUACCAGAACACAUGUGCACUGGGAAAGGUCUUUCAGGCAGUUAGCAUAUGAGCAGCCAUUUGUGCAACUGAAACACUGACUGCUAAUGAUAUGUAAGCAAGAUCAAUGUGGCAUGCCCAUAGAGCUACAAGGCGUUCGACUUCACCUGGUGUAAUUUGUACCAGCGUUCUGUAACUCAUAGCAACUAGGCAAGCAUUUUCAGUUCUCAGCCUAAAUUCCACUGGCUUGUUGAAAGAUACGGGUGGACAUUACAGCAGCUGUGUUCAGUUUGCACCUAAAAUGGUCAAUCGCUUAUUAACGUUAACCACAUCAACAUGAUCUGGAUUCUCCAGAAAAAAAUAAAGCAAAAAGACUUUAUAGCA